GAUGGAUGACUUCACCGCUCUGCCUGGGUUUCCUUUAUGAUCUCGGGAUCUCCCACAUCUCUCGCCAGACAUCAGCCAGCAGCACAACUGAACGCAGCUCCCUCUUUGCCUUCCUCUCUCCCUCUCUCUCUCUCUAUCUGUCUCUCUCUCUCUCUCCCCCUUCACGCACAGACACCAUCUCUGACUGCAGCUGCACCGCAUCCAGAGACCUCAACGCACCGGCUCUCACUCUCAGAGAAGAAACCCCCCUUUGCGGGAGACACACGGCUGCAACUUGUGCGAACUGGGAUCUAAAUCUCCCGAGGAAGGAAGACUACUCUGCGUUGCUUGUUUUCUUUUCCACGCGUGUCGCUCUUCUUGUACGUGUCGCGAUGUCCGAAGUGCUGCCAUACAACGAGGGUAAAAUGAGCGGCUACGGGGCGGACAGCGAGGUCAACCAGAUGUCCUUUAGCUGCGGACUGCAGGACACAAGCGCCUUCUUCGCUGCGUCGCAGGCGAAAAGACCCCCAAAGCUGGGACAGAUCGGCAGAGCCAAGCACGUGGUCAUCGAGGACGACCGAAUAGACGAGGUCCUGAAGGGAAUGACGGACAAGUCCUCACCUGGCGUUUAAAGCGUCCCCGAUGGCCUUGCAGACUUUUUUAAUUUUCGAUCACCCGAUUUGAAGCACUUGUCGGCUGUGCAUGUUCGAGGAUUGCAGGAGAGCGAGAGAGAGAAGGGGGAAAAAACACGGGCAGCUCUGAGCAAAGGACGGGGAUGAUGAAAGGAGAGUGGAAAAAAAGAAGGGGAAUGGACAAGGCUUGGCGGGGGAGAAAAGGAAGAAAGAGGUGAAGAAAGCCUGGCGGACUCUGGAAGAGGGGGAAAAAUUAAAGACCAAGAUUUAUCGUGGGAUUGCUGGCAAUUCUUCAAAAAGAAUCCCGAUUUUAACUACUGGUGCGCAGCAGGAUGUUGAGAUGGCUGCUGUGUAUCUCAUCCUCUGCUGACUUAAAAUGAUGGAUGAACUUGUCAUUUUCCUUCGCGAUCAUCUCUUUCCGUUUCUUUCUAGAAAUAUUAAAAAGCGCUGUAAGCAACAAAACCCUGCAACUAUAGAGGGCGAAGCUAAAUCCCAGCCCCAUUUCAAUAAGUUGUAUAGUAGGUAAAGCUAUAAGCUCUUAAACGUCCCCCUCCCCCUUCCUUCCUCAGCCCUUUAGGCUUUGUUUUGUUGAUCCAGUCAGCCACGGCGCAUUUUAAGGGAGCUGUCCUUUCAGCACCGAGCCAAUGCAUCCCCUGUUGCUGCUAAUGCUUCUACAAGGAAAAAAAAAAAAAGAACAGAUCAACCAAACCUUAUUAAAUAAAGGAGACUCAUUGUAUGUAUAAAGACAUAUUAUCCGAGGAUGGUGCAAUGUUGAUAUCUUCUGUAGUAGAACCCACCCUUCCCUGUAUGUUUCUGCGUCCAAACAGCAGAGAAACAGGCCACAUUGUUCAUUGGUGAAUGGUGCAGGACGGCACCUCCAUGUAGCUAAUUUACACCUGCACAUAUCUCAUUUUUUUUCUCUUUCAUCUUUAUUUUUAUUUAUUUUUUUUGCAUUUAUUCAGAUAUCUACAGAGGCCGGCAGAAAUGUGGAAAUCCCAGUAAAUGAUUAAAAUGUUAGUCGCGAAAAUGAUGGGGAAAAUGUAGUUUGAAGAUGUAAUUUUGCAAUUACUCAUUUCUUUUUGCCUCCAUCUAUUUUGCAUGAAGUGUCCCAUUCUGGUGCCAACGCAGGCGCCGCAACUCGUAUCCCUAGCAAGCUUCUUUUUACCAACAACAACAAAAAAGUCAUAUUUGUAUUUUUAUAUCUAAAUAUUUGUUAUUUGAAUUAUAUGCUAGUCUAUCGUCUUACGGUUCAUCAACAAUGAUAUUUGUACUUCAGAGAGGGUUUGAUUAAUGGGACUGGGCCUCACACCGGUAAAUCUCAGAGUUUAGUGGACCGGUCUCGUUCUAUAUCAAAGGUCAGGCAUUUUUUUAAAGACUUACUGAAUGUGUCUGGGUUUUUUGCACACAUCAAUGUUAAACUAUUAUUAAGAAAUUGUAUACUGUGAGUUCAGCUUCGUUGAAUUUGUUAGAAAAAUAUGGCAGUUUUAGAGUAUAUUGCACUGUUUACGAGUAUCCACAAAUAACGCGUUGUUAUUUGACCUAUUUUGAACAUGACAAGUUUUUUCUUUUUUUGUUUGCUUUGUUUGACUUAUUUUAUUUUGUACCAUACUUUUCGACAAAUGGUUGGUUGUGCAUGAAACCUUAAUAUUUUCAAAUAUUAAAAAACAUUGUUUUAUGAAGCAAAAAAGCAACAAAAAUGUCAUGACAUUCUAAGAAUGAGUCAUUGUAUAUUAUGAUGCCAUUUUCACUGUAUUUGGUGAAUUAAUAAAUGGUGACAGAAAAUGUUAA